AUGGCCAGAAGCUUGAUGAGCGGUUCAGCUAUUGAAAGAAAUCAUUUGGAAAUUAGUUGGGAAAAAGUGCGUAAGGCCAGUGCCUAUUUGAAGAAUCCUUCAGUUGAUGAGGUUCAAUUAGUUUACGGAUCAAAUGAGGUGGUGUCCGAGCUCAGUAGAGUCACGCUUGGUGCAUUGGAGAUAGCAUGCCGAUUUCGAUUUAAAUCUAUAAAUGGUGAUAAAGUGCGUGGUUUCUGUUAUGGAUGCUGGGGCCGGGUGUUCCAUGAAGAUCCAAAUGAUUGUCAUAAAGGAUUAAUGGCAAGGAUAUUGAUUCAUUUUUAUUAUGAAGAGUUGCUGUUGAAAAAGUAUUGUAUUGAGAGACGCUUAAGGCUUGAGUAUCCUAGUGUAUGCCAUCUAGUGGAUCGUAUGGUUUUCCGGAAAGAAGAUAAUUUGCCAUUAUUCUAUGAUUAUAGGUUUUUUAUGUGUUAUAAUGAUAACUGUAGAACGGUGUUCGCCAACCAUUGGAACGGCAUCUAUACCCUUCAACUCUGUGAAAAAUCUUCGACCCCAUACUAA